GAGAGGGAGAGGGAGGGAGGGAGAGAGAGGGAGAGGGAGAGAGAGACGGAUAUCUCAGGUCAUCUGCAGCUGCAGCGAGUCUGAGGAGCCGAGGAAGGCAGGGAAGAUGGCGAUCCUCCAUUGCUGAGACCCGGCAGAAGCACAUGAGACUCCCAAACAACUUCCACAACAAUAACCCGAGCAGGAAGAGGAGAAAGAGAAAGAGGAUAAGGAGGCGGUGGGGCUGGAGAACCCGAAACACCUCCCGGCGCCGGGACGCUUCUUCUGUUCCUAAUGUGAGAAGGUAGGCCCGGAUCAUGGAGGUGCUCCAGUGUGAUGGCUGUGACUUCAGAGCCCCAUCGUACGAAGAUCUCAAGGCGCACAUUCAGGAUGUGCACACGGCAUUUCUGCAGCCAACUGACGUUGCUGAAGACAAUGGUAAUGAGCCACGAUCCGGGUCCAUGAAUGCCAGUAAUCAGACGGAGGUGGAGUAUUCUUCUAUAAAGGACGAAUUUGCGAUCGCAGAGGAUUUAUCAGGUCAAAAUGCAACCGCACUGGGGGCCGGAAGCUACUAUGGCCAUAGUCCAGGAUAUUACGGUCAGCAUAUUGCCCCUAAUCCCAAACCAACAAACAAGUUUUUUCAAUGCAAGUUCUGCGUACGUUACUUCAGGUCCAAAAACCUCCUCAUCGAACACACAAGGAAGGUCCACGGAGCUCAAGCUGAAGGGAGUUCGGCGGGCCCCCCUGUUCCAGGAUCCUUAAAUUAUAAUAUCAUGAUGCACGAGGGAUUUGGAAAGGUCUUCUCUUGCCAGUUUUGCACAUACAAGUCACCGAGGAGGGCGAGAAUAAUUAAGCAUCAGAAGAUGUAUCACAAAAACAAUCUGAAGGAGACCACUGCUCCCCUCCCUGCCCCUGCUCCAAUGCCAGACCCCGUGGUCCCACCCGUGUCCCUGCAGGACCCCUGCAAGGAACUGCCAGCAGAGGUCGUGGAGCGCAGCAUCUUAGAGUCCAUGGUCAAGCCUUUGACCAAGUCUCGAGGCAACUUCUGCUGCGAAUGGUGCAGCUACCAGACCCCCCGCCGAGAGCGCUGGUGUGACCACAUGAUGAAGAAACACCGCAGCAUGGUCAAGAUCCUUUCCAGCCUCCGACAGCAGCAAGAAGGGACUAACCUCCCCGACGUGCAGAACAAAAGCGCCCCCAGCCCCACUUCCAAUUCCACCUACCUGUCCAUGAAUGCUGCGAGCCGGGAGAUGCCCAGCACUAACGUCUCCAACUUCCGGGGCUCCAUCAGCAACUCCAUCAUGAGACCCAAUUCUUCGUCCGCUUCCAAGUUCCCCUCCAUGUCUUACCCUCAGAUGAAGCCGAAGUCCCCUCACAACUCUGGCCUUGUUAACUUGGCGGAGAGAUCGCGUUACGGAAUGGCUGACAUGACCAAUUCCUCUGCUGACCUGGAAACUAACAGCAUGCUGAAUGACUCCAGUUCUGAUGAGGAGUUGAAUGAGAUAGACAGCGAGAAUGGCCUGAAUGCCUUGGAUCACCAGACAUCAGGCAUGUCUGCAGAGCAGCUGAUGGGCUCAGAUGGCAACAAGUUGUUGGAGACCAAGGGGAUUCCAUUUAGAAGGUUCAUGAAUAGGUUCCAGUGCCCCUUUUGUCCUUUCCUCACUAUGCAUCGACGUAGCAUCUCCCGUCACAUAGAAAACAUCCACUUGUCCGGAAAGACCGCCGUCUACAAAUGUGACGAAUGUCCGUUUACUUGCAAGAGCUCGUUGAAACUCGGGGCUCACAAACAGUGUCACACGGGUACAACGUCAGAUUGGGAUGCUGUGAAUUCCCAGAGCGAAGGCAUUUCUUCUUCCCUGAACGAAGGCGUCGUGUCUUACGAGAACUCAAGCAUCAACGGCAGAAAGUCAGGAAUCCUGCUGGAUCCCUUGCAGCAGCAACAGCCGCCGCCCCCGCCCCCGCCGCCACCCCCAUGCACCAUGUGUAAUUACUCCACCACGACUCUGAAAGGACUACGGGUCCAUCAGCAGCACAAGCACUCGUUCUGCGACAACUUGCCAAAAUUUGAGGGGCAGCCCUCAAGCCUGCCGUUGGAGAGUGAGACAGACAGCCACCCCUCUUCCAGCAACACUGUGAAGAAAAGUCAGACCUCAAUUCUUGGGUUGUCCUCCAAGAACAAUUUUGUAGCUAAGGCCUCUAGGAAGCUCGCUAAUGACUUUCCCCUCGAUCUGUCACCCGUGAAGAAGAGAACGAGGAUUGACGAGAUCGCAAGCAACCUGCAGAGCAAAAUCAACCAAACGAAGCAGCAGGAGGAUGCGGUGAUCAAUGUGGAGGACGACGAGGAGGAGGAGGAAGACAACGAAGUGGAGAUAGAGGUUGAGUUGGACCGGGAGGAAGAGCCGACGGAGCCAGUCAUGGAGGUGUCCACGGCCUUCUCGGCCCAGCAGAUUUGGGUGAGAGAUGCCGGUGAGCCCCAGAAGGAGCCCAGCUUCCGAAGCGUCGCCCACGAUUACAACGCCACCAACGGGGCUGAGAUUGAGCUCACGCUUUCUGAAGAUGAAGAGGAUUAUUACGGCUCCUCGACAAACCUGAAAGAUCACCAGGUUUCCAACGCCGCUCUGCUGAACACCCAGACUCCCAUCUACGGGACUGAGCACAACAGCGAGAACACGGACUUCGGUGACUCCGGAAGGCUCUACUAUUGCAAACACUGUGACUUCAACAACAAAUCUGCCCGGAGUGUCAGCACCCACUACCAGCGAAUGCACCCGUACAUCAAGUUCAGCUUCAGGUACAUCUUGGACCCCAACGAUCACAGUGCCGUGUACAGGUGCCUGGAAUGCUACAUUGACUACACCAACUUCGAAGACCUACAGCAGCAUUACGGCGAACACCACCCAGAAGCCAUGAAUGUACUCAACUUUGACCAUUCGGACCUGAUCUACCGGUGUCGGUUUUGUUCCUACACGAGCCCGAAUGUCCGAAGCCUGAUGCCGCAUUACCAAAGAAUGCAUCCCACGGUCAAGAUUAACAACGCGAUGAUAUUUUCCAGCUAUGUCGUGGAGCAGCAGGAAGGGUUGAAUACGGAAUCCCAGACACUGAGGGAGAUUCUGAAUUCGGCCCCCAAGAGCAUGGCGACUUCCACUCCCGUGGCUCGCGGUGGCGGUCUGCCAGCUACAUUUAAUAAAAACACUCCUUCAAAGACCUUUACUCCAGAAUGUGAAAAUCAGAAGGACCCCUCAGUUAACACUGUUGUCGUUUACGAUUGUGACGUGUGCUCGUUCGCAAGCCCCAACAUGCAUUCUGUCUUGGUUCAUUAUCAGAAGAAACACCCGGAAGAAAAGGCUUCCUACUUUAGGAUCCAGAAAACCAUGCGAAUGGUGUCUGUGGACAGGGGCUCUGCCCUUUCUCAAUUAUCAUUUGAGGUGGGUGCUCCAAUGUCUCCCAAAAUGUCCAACAUGGGUUCCCCACCCCCCCCACAACCCCCGCCACCAGACCUCAGUACUGAGCUUUACUACUGCAAACACUGUUCCUACAGCAAUCGGUCAGUUGUGGGAGUGCUUGUCCACUACCAGAAAAGACACCCAGAAAUAAAGGUCACUGCCAAAUAUAUCAGACAGGCUCCUCCCACAGCUGCAAUGAUGAGAGGGUCCGAGGGGCCCCAAGGCUCCCCUCGGCCACCCGCCCCCAUGCAACAGCUGAACCGUAGCAGCUCUGAGCGAGACGGCCCUCCUGUGGAGAAUGAGAUGUUCUUUUGCCAACACUGUGAUUAUGGCAACCGGACGGUCAAAGGUGUCCUCAUUCACUAUCAGAAGAAGCACCGAGACUUCAAGGCCAAUGCAGACGUGAUCCGGCAGCACACGGCCACCAUCCGAAGCCUCUGUGACCGGAACCAGAAGAAGCCUGCCAGCUGUGUGCUCGUUGCCCCCUCCAGCGUGGAGCGGGACAAAGCCAAGCUGCGAGCGCUCAAGUGUAGGCAGUGCGCGUAUACCUCCCCCUACUUCUAUGCACUGAGGAAGCAUAUCAAGAAAGACCACCCUGCCCUGAAGGCCACGGUCACAUCCAUCAUGCGCUGGGCAUUUCUAGACGGCUUGAUAGAAGCUGGCUACCACUGCGAGUGGUGCAUCUAUUCACACACAGAGCCCAACGGUCUGCUCCUGCAUUACCAAAGGAGGCACCCAGAGCAUUACGUCGACUACACUUACAUGGCGACCAAACUCUGGGCGGGGCCAGACCCGUCCCCUCCCUCUCUCGCGAUGCCCGCGGAAGCCAAAACGUACAGAUGCAGAGACUGUGUUUUUGAAGCUGUGUCCAUCUGGGACAUCACCAAUCACUACCAGGCGUUCCACCCCUGGGCCAUGAACGGUGAUGAGUCGGUGCUGCUGGAUAUCAUCAAGGAGAAAGACGCCAUCGAGAACCCCCUCCCUCCCUCCGCCGAAGAGCUGGUGGGUCCUGUGAAUUGUGAAAACAGCCUGCCCACUCCACUCCCCGAGCAGGACACCGAAUGCCCAGACGAUGCGAGGCUUUCCCCAGAGAAAAGCAUCCAGCUGGCUUCGGCCAACCCGGCCAUAUCGUCCACCCCAUACCAGUGCACGGUGUGCCAGUCUGAGUAUAACAACCUGCACGGCCUUCUUACCCACUAUGGGAAGAAGCACCCGGGCAUGAAGGUGAAGGCGGCCGACUUCGCCCAGGACAUCGACAUUAACCCAGGCGCCGUCUACAAAUGCAGGCAUUGCCCGUACAUCAACACCCGCAUCCACGGCGUCCUGACCCACUACCAGAAGCGACACCCGGCCAUCAAGGUGACUGCCGAGGACUUCGUGCAUGACGUGGAGCAGUCUGCCGACAUAGCCCAGAACGAUGUGGAGGAGACGAGCCGGAUCUUCAAGCAAGGGUACGGCGCCUACCGAUGCAAGCUGUGUCCAUACACGCACGGCACAUUGGAGAAGCUCAAAAUCCACUACGAGAAGUACCACAAUCAGCCCGAGUUCGAUGUCUUUUCCCAGUCGCCCCCGAAGCUGCCAGUCUCCCUCGAGCCCGAGAUAACCACUGAAGUGAGCCCCUCCCAGGUCUCGGUCACCGAGGAGGAGGUGGGAGAGGAGCCCGUGUCCACGUCUCACUUCUCUACCUCGCACCUGGUCUCGCACACUGUGUUCCGGUGCCAGCUCUGCAAGUACUUCUGCUCCACGAGGAAGGGGAUCGCCAGGCACUACCGCAUCAAGCACAACAACGUCCGCGCCCAGCCGGAGGGCAAGAACAACCUCUUCAAGUGCGCCCUGUGCGCCUACACCAACCCCAUCCGCAAAGGGCUGGCGGCCCACUACCAGAAGCGCCACGACAUCGAUGCCUAUUACACCCACUGCCUGGCGGCCUCCCGGACCAUCAGCGACAAGCCCAACAAGGUGAUCAUCCCGUCCCCGCCCAAGGACGACUCCCCGCAGCUCAGCGAGGAGCUCCGGCGGGCUGUGGAGAAGAAAAAGUGCUCGCUGUGCUCCUUCCAGUCCUUCAGCAAGAAGGGCAUCGUGUCCCAUUACAUGAAGCGCCACCCGGGGGUGUUCCCGAAGAAGCAGCAUGCCAGCAAGCUGGGGGGCUACUUCACGGCCGUCUACGCGGACGAGCACGAGAAGCCGAUGCUGAUGGAAGAGGAGGAGAGAGGCAGCUUCGAGAAAGCCGAGGUGGAGGGAAGUGAGGCGCAGGAGAUCGAGUGGCUCCCGUUCCGCUGCAUCAAGUGCUUCAAGCUGUCCUUCAGCACGGCCGAGCUGCUGUGCAUGCAUUACACUGACCACCACAGUCGGGACCUCAAGAGGGACUUCGUCAUCCUGGGCAGCGGCCCCCGCUUGCAGAACCCCGCCUACCAGUGUAAGCACUGUGAUAGCAAACUGCAAAGCACAGCGGAGCUGACCUCACACUUGAACAUUCACAAUGAGGAAUUCCAGAAGCGUGCCAAACGUCAGGAGAGGAGGAAACAGCUUUUGAGCAAGCAGAAAUAUGCAGAUGGUGCUUUUGCAGAUUUCAAACAAGAGAGGCCUUUUGGUCACUUAGAAGAGGUGCCAAAGAUCAAGGAGAGGAAGGUGGUGGGCUACAAGUGUAAAUUCUGUGUGGAAGUGCAUCCGACGCUCCGAGCCAUCUGCAACCACCUCCGGAAGCAUGUCCAGUACGGCAGCGUCCCGGCAGUGUCCGCCGCUGUGAAGGGGCUGCGUUCUCAUGAGAGGAGCCAUCUGGCCCUGGCCAUGUUUACCCGCGAGGACAAGUACAGCUGCCAGUAUUGUUCCUUUGUUUCUGCUUUCAGGCACAACUUGGAUCGCCAUAUGCAAACCCACCACGGACACCAUAAACCAUUCCGGUGCAAACUCUGCUCCUUCAAGUCCUCCUAUAACAGCCGGCUGAAAACACAUAUACUCAAGGCUCACGCUGGUGAACAUGCCUACAAGUGUUCUUGGUGCUCAUUCUCCACCAUGACAAUCAGCCAGUUGAAGGAACACUCCCUCAAGGUCCACGGAAAAGCCCUGACCCUCCCCAGGCCACGGAUUGUCAGCUUGCUCUCCUCACACGCUCACCACUCCUCCCAGAAAGCUACCCCGGCCGAAGAAGUGGAAGACUCGAACGACUCCUCCUACUCGGAGCCGCCCGAUGUGCAGCAGCAGUUGAACCACUACCAGUCCGCCGCGCUGGCGAGGAACAACAGCCGCGUCAGCCCCGUGCCUCUUUCUGGGGCCGCCGGGGGUGCCGAGCAGAAGACCGAGGCUGUUCUUCACUGCGAAUUCUGUGAAUUCUCCUCUGGCUACAUCCAGAGCAUCCGACGCCAUUACAGGGACAAGCAUGGCGGGAAGAAGCUCUUCAAGUGCAAAGACUGCUCCUUUUACACAGGCUUUAAAUCUGCUUUUACUAUGCACGUGGAAGCUGGGCAUUCAGCGGUUCCCGAGGAGGGCCCCAAAGAUCUUCGCUGUCCUCUCUGCCUCUAUCACACCAAAUACAAACGCAACAUGAUUGACCACAUCGUGCUGCACCGAGAAGAGCGAGUUGUCCCCAUCGAAGUGUGCCGUUCCAAACUGUCCAAAUACUUGCAGGGAGUAGUUUUCCGCUGUGAUAAGUGUACCUUCACCUGCUCCAGUGACGAGAGCCUCCAGCAACACAUAGAAAAGCACAAUGAACUAAAACCUUACAAAUGCCAGCUCUGCUACUAUGAGACCAAGCACACAGAGGAACUGGACAGCCACCUGCGGGACGAGCAUAAGGUGAGCCGUAAUUUUGAACUGGUUGGACGGGUUAACUUGGAUCAGCUGGAACAGAUGAAGGAAAAGAUGGAGAGCUCCAGCAGUGAGGAUGACGACAAGGAAGAAGAAGUGAGCAGCAAGGCUGAUGACAGAGAUCUGAUGAGAUUUUCUGACCGUGGGGCUGCUAUUAACACCGAGAAGCGUUUUCCGUGUGAAUUUUGUGGACGGGCGUUUUCGCAGGGCUCUGAGUGGGAAAGGCACGUGCUGAGACACGGCAUGGCAUUGAAUGACACCAAGCAGGUGAGCAGAGAAGAAAUCCACCUGAAAGAGAGUGUGGAGGACAGUAUUAAGAUGCCCUCUAUAGAGGAAAAGGAAGAUGAUGAGGCAAUCGGGAUAGACUUUUCCCUAAAGAAUGAAACAGUAGCCAUCUGUGUAGUAGCUGCUGACAGAUCUCUCCUGGAGAAUGCAGAGGCCAAAAAUGAAUAAGCGUUUGGUGAAAUUCUUAAUCAAACCGUACUUGAACCGUGAUGAGAAACUGGGAGGGCCAGCUUGGGCUGAGAAGGGGGGGACAGAAAAGAAGACAGAACAAAGCUGCUUUUUAGGACUGAACAAUCUAUUUUCAAAGCACUGGUACCUGUGUGAGUGAGUAUGUAAAUUAAAGUUAUUUAAAUGGUUGGAAUAUGUGGCUCCUUUUCCAUCACUACACCUUUUCUUCCGGAUCUUCAUCAUGGAAGUGUCAUUUGUUGUGGAAUAUGGAAGCACCUCCCGUGUGCACAGUGUGCUCUGUGGCGGUCUUGGACAGGAUGUGGAAACAGAAGCUCCAUGACAGUAGAAGACUUCUCUUAGGGGAACAACUUUUUGACGCACAUCUUUUGGUGCGUUUUUCUAGUUUUAAUACCUUAAGCUUUUUCAAGACCUAACUGCAGCCGCUUUGGGAAAAAAACAAACAAACAAAAAAACCACAAAAAAACAAAAACAGAAAACAAAAAACUGCUUUGCAUAAAACAGUCACCUGUUUCCUAGUACCUCAAACUUAACCAAGGGAAUUCUCUGCAUUUGUCAGUACUACCUGUCGUCGUCGUGGUUAAAUGUAGAGAGAACUGGGCAAGACGGUGAAUGGAGAAAAAAAAAAAGAGAGUUUUAAAGAAAGGAACACAAAUUGUGCUUAAAAUCCCCACGUGGGUUUUAUUUCUUAAAAUACUGUGAUUUUUUUAAUUAUUUUAGUAAAAAACAAAACAAAAAAAAGAAA